AUGUCUCGGGGCAGAAAAAGUGCCCGUGGUGGUGCAGAGCUAACGGAAGCAAGAGAUUGGUGUGUGUGGACGGAAGCAGAUGAAACCAUCCUCAUCCAGUAUGUCACCACCAACCGCUCACAAGGUGGUGAUGGUAUGAACUUUGAUCACACGUUUUGGGUUGCUGCUGCCGCUGAAAUGGAAAAACACCCCUACUCGGGUGCAAGCAAAACAGCGGCAGCAUGUCAAUCAAAAUGGGGGCGGCUCCGUGGUACAUUCAACGUCGUCGACAAAGUGGCCAACACUUCUGGACUAUCUUACAGCAUGGAACAUGGAGCUUCGAUCACUCCAGAGUCUGAAAACAUGUGGACCGACUUUGUGAAGAAAAAUCCAAAGGUCAAAGGCCUCCGGGACAAGGGUUGGAAGCACUAUGAGGCACUGAAAGGUCUCAUACCUGUCAAGCCAGGUAACAACAACUCGUUCUUUGCCACCAUCGCAACACCACCUCCCAUCAUUCCUUCGCCUUCUUCUAGCAGCGCAGUCACCUCCCUUUCCUUUGACGAGGUCCAUAUGAUGGACCUUGGAGAUGCACUCGAUGGGAUCGAGUUCCCCGGCUCUAUUUCAGGCGGCCAGCGCGCAACCCCCCUCACCCCAGAGAGCCUCCCUCCAUUCGACGCUGCACAGCAACCCUCCCUUGAGUCGGUCCAUGUUAGUGCGCCAUCAUCAACAGCUUCCAUUAAACGGAAGAUGAUUGAUGAUGACGAAAGUACGCUUGAUAUCGUUACCCGCCCCCCACAUUCAACGAAAUCGGGAGACUCGGCGAAGUCUGCACGCCUGACGAUGCCUGUGGCCAUCCAGCAGAUGGGGACUAGUAUUGGCGGUCUUAACACGACGUUUGAGCGUGCGGCCAAUACUCUUGAGGCCAACACCUCCAACACCUUGGCGCGAUCAGUAGAUCCCAUCCCUUUGCACAGGCAGAAGGCAGUGAAAAAGUUGCAGAGUGAGGGUCUAGAGGACGUACAACUACUCAAUAUCUUGAAUAAAUUUCAGGCCGACAUCGCUAUCAUUGAUAUUUAUCUCGCUAUUGAGGUAGAUAGUCUUCGGCGGUUGUUUUUAGAGCAGCAUUCAAAGUAG